CUAAAAGCUACUGACUAACAAUCUAGUUAAUUGUGUGUUAAGUUUAAUUAGUCAUCUCCUAUACAAAACAAAAUGAAAUAUAUGAAGAAAAAAAAAUGACCAGCGAUUUGACCUUUACUUAUUUCCUUUACAACCCCAAGCUCAUGGCUAUAUAUAGUCAUGCAUGGAUUGCAGCUUGAUGCACAACUUCAUUCGCUUAAAAGUACAUUCAGAGCGAAAUGGCGACAUCCAGUACUGACAUAGUAAUUGGACCUUGGGGAGGUAAGGGUGGAGAUACUCCCUGGAUAUUCCAACCAGAUGGUAGGAUUUACGGUAUAUACAUCCAAAGUGGAGACGCAGUAGAUUCCAUCAGCUUCAGUUACAUGAAUAAAGACGAUGAUGGAGAGGUUUCUGAAAUAUAUGGUGGCAAUGGUGGCUCUCUUGAUGAGGUUGAAUUGUCUGAUAGUGAAAACAUCAUCGGGAUUAGUGGAACUAUCGGAAAAGUUUCAAACAACCUCGUGAUUACAUCAUUAUCUUUCGAGACGAACGAAAAGUCCUACGGGCCAUUCGGCACUGAAGAGGGGGCAACUUUUUCUGUGCCAGUGAUUAAAGGUAAAAUUGUUGGAUUCCAUGGAAAACAUGGGGGUUUGCUCGACUCUAUUGGCGUCAUUCUUAGUCCCUAAUAUAAUGUAUGGAUGUUUGAAGUGGUACUCUUAUCAUAAUAAAGAAGGUUGAGAGAAACAUAUGUAAAAUAUAUAGUUGUGUUGUUUAGUGGUCCAGAUCUGCCACUGGUAUGUUGCUUUAUGUUUUAAGAUCAUAGCAUGUUUGCUCAAUAUGUGAGAAUAUAUAUUAUCCUAUAAAAAUUUGAUACCUAAUCAUUAUAUAAUGUUUAAAUUUCAAAUUCAGAUUAAAACUUCAAGAAUAUAUUUGUAAUUCAAGCAUUGUAAGUUACAGAAGCGGUUCCUUUUAUUUGAAACCACCUUAUUGCAUGAUGCACAUCAAUGCUUUGUAAUAUAACACUACUCGAUGCACAUUAAAAUUAUCGAAUACAAUGCAUAAUGUAG